GUAAAACGCCCAAAAGUGCGAUGAAGAGGAAGAUGCGAGCAGCUCGCAGCUCGCUGUGUGACUUCAUCAUUCACUGUAUAUGAAGUAAUGGAUGACUCGUUUUUUACCGCGAGGCUUUUAGUUUGGACUACUUUCAUCCUGAGCACACAUGUAGAAGCUCCCCAGGUGAUUGGAGGAAACGUGAACGCAGAGCAAGGAGGGACGGCCAUCUUGCCGUGCAAACUCAUCAACGCUAAGGACUCCCUCACCCAGAUCGCAUGGAGGAAGGAGCCUGAGGAGGAAAAUUUCAUUUUGAUUAAACCCAUUACUGGAAUGAAAUUCGUCAACGGAGAGGAUAAACGAUUUGAAUUUUUUGGGGACGUUAGCGACUACAACGGAUCGCUACGGUUUUCCAACAUCACUUUGAGAGAUAAAGGCACUUACACGUGUAUCUUCACUUUGUUCCCCUCUGGAAAUGUCCAGACGAAGAUACUUCUAAACGUGCUUGUGCCUCCGCUCACAAGCCUUGAGGAUAAUCGUCCUAUUUUGGGUGAAGAAGAAGUUCCCCUCGUUACAUGCAAGGCAGCUGGUUCCAAACCUGCUGCAGAGGUGCGUUGGCUCAAAGGUACUUUGGCAGAAAAAGUGACAGAAACAACUCACGUCACCCGUCAUGGCGACGGUACGACAACCACAGUCAGCUCGCUGUCUGGAGCGCCGAGCAGAGAAAUCCACGGUCACUUGGUCGAGUGUAUCGUCACUAAUGCAGCCCUGUCAAAAGAGGAGAGGCUGCCUUUCAACAUACAGAUCUACUUCCCACCCACUGAAGUGAACAUCAGCAUGAAAUCGGAGGAUGCAUUUGAAUGUGAGACUGAAGCCAACCCACAUGCACAAUUUACCUGGAGCAGAUCCGACCGUUCUAGGCUUCAGUCUGCUGUCAGAGUAGAAGGUGCAACGCUACGGUUUCUGAGCAUGACCUCUGACCUGAAUGGCCUCUACCAGUGUGAAGCAUCUAACCUGUAUGGAAAAAAACACAGCUACAUCUAUGUGAAUGUGACUCCUGAAGUCUGCCGUGCCUGUUGGACCUCAUUUGGGAUUUUGAUCAUCAUCAUGAUUCUCGUUGUCGCUGCUCUGUGUUACAAGAUGUGGAAAUUUCGAAUGGACAGGACAAGAGAGGACUUGCGUGCAGAGACGACGACGGACCAAGAAUCACAUCCACUGGGAGCCGAGGUAGAAGAAAAAUGAACACGUGGAAGCAACAAUCUAGAAGACAGUUGUCUCACUGCAAAGGACCCAGUGCUGACACCACGUGAUUUCACAACAACGGCAUCAACUGUUGAUGACAACAAAGGAUUAUGAAGAAUGUCUACCGGCCAAAAGAAAAUAGGUGACUGAACAACAAUGUAUUCAUGAAGAAUUUGAAUUGAGAACCUUGAGAUUAUGGAAUGAAAACCUGAGAAUAUUGUGUAAAUAUACAAAACAAAGUUAAUUAAGAAACUUACUACUUACUUACUACUUUUUAAAAAUGUAUUUCACUUUAGUGCUAUUGUUUGAGACUUCGUGAACAUCUUAUAUAAAGACAGUUCUGCAGGGCAUCAAACUUGCGGCUACCAUAGAAUAUAGUGUAGAACCAAAAAUACUGUUUGUAUAAUUAUUAAACAAACGACAACAACGCACACUAUUUUGUGUUUGCAGACUUGUUGUCUUUGUGUGUUAAUACGUAUGAUGGUGGUUCUCUAAAUGAUCGGCCACCACUCAAUUAACUAUUCAGUUAAACAUUUACACACAUUUUCUGUUGGACCACGACGUCCUGAAGGAGUUUGAUGAGUUUAGUUUUUUACUGGUUGUUUGAUUAUUGGUUAUUAUUUUAUUUAUUAUGUUGUGAUAGAUUUGUCGUUGACUGAAAGAAGUGGUGUGCGUUGUAGCUUUGUGUCAGAGGAGCUAAGAUCACCUACCUGAGAUAAAACAUGUUGUCUGUCUAGUGUUUUGUUUCAACAUCAUCUUUCUUUCCAUACUUUCUGAUUGAAGUCUGUAUUUCGCAAAUGUCGUUCCGUUAUCUCAGUUACAUUUUCUCAUCUAUAGUUUCCUGAACCUAAUGGCAUAUAUAUGUAUGUUUAUAUGUAGUAGUAACAGUAUGAAUAUCGGUCCAAUAUAAUCUGUGCCACUAUGAGUCGACCACCCGGCUGCUUCAUGACACAUCUCAUGUGGUUCUUUGUUUCAAUUUAUAUUCUUAAUAACAACGUCAACUUUACAACCUCAAUGUUAGUUGGUCGUAUUUUCAUUUCAUUUUUACUCAAAAGUCAGCAAAAGAAGAUUUUAUGACAUUAAAGGUUCAUGAAGGUAAAAAGAAGUUCUGUUACAAACACUGCAAAAAUAUUGUGUAAAACGUUGCACUUGUAUCGAAAUUGUAACUGUUUACAGAAGGAAACGUACUCAUUCUGUAUUUAAUAUAAAACCUGUCUUUACCUGAGCUAAGUUAGUUCAUGUGAGAUGUACUAGCUGAUGCAAGUAUACAAACAUGAUCACAAUCACAAUGUUAAUUUGCUGCGUGUUAAGAAGCAAUACAUUUGACUUCAUUAGGUCUACAUGCUAAUGCUAAUAGCCAAUUUCUCUACUCAACUAUGAAGAGUUCACGAUUGUUAGUGGCCAUUCGUUUUUUGCUGUGUGAGUGUGUGUGUGUGUGUGUGUGUGUGUGUGUGUGUGUGCAGUAGGAGUGUUUAGUGGAAUUUAACCAGAAGACCACGCAUAGUGGAAGGGUCGUCAUGGUGUAGGGGUAGAGAGGGUGCGCCAGGAACUGCAAGGUUGGUGGUUGAAGCCCCGGCUGCCCCGUGUCCUAUGUCGAAGUGUCCCUGAGCAAGACACCUAACCCCCAAUUCCUCCCCGGGCAAAAAUGUAAAAACCAUGGGUUAAAAAUGUAAUGUAAGUCGCUUUGGAUAAAAGCGUAAUGUAAAUGUAAUGAUUAUAUGUGAGAUCAUGAAUAGUGUUAGAAUUGUAGUUAGUGUGUUAUUAUAUAUUAGUUAUUAUGUUAGUAUGUUAGAUUAUAAACUCUUUAAUUAGUGUACACAUGACAUCCAGCUAUUAUGUGAUGUUCUGUUUGGAGGAAGGAUCUUCAACCUUCCCUGAUGGAUUUUUUUCCAUUUUAUUUACACAACUUCCCGCCGGUCUAGAGUACGACACCUUACUGGCUACACAGAGCGGUAAAAGCUGAAGUAGUUUGUAGUGUUCUUUCCUCCCACUACGUCUCAAGAGGCAGAAAGUAACUAAGUUUGUGGAGCGUGAAGUCAGCUUUCUCGGUCCAUGUCACACACUGAGGAACUUAUUAUUACAGUCAACUACAUUUACCUUCAACACUGAUUGGACAUCCCAAUAGAAAGUUGUCAAUCCUUCUUUUACUUUUUUUUAAAAUGUCUUCACUUUUGCUAUAUUAUUUUGUGUUUUGUAUUUUGUUUUAUUGAAGCUUCUACUUGUACUAGUAGUAGUGGUUGGUUAAAGCAUUAGUUCCCAGUCUUGUUGUCCCAUUGAAAUGUUUUCAUGGUUUUCUUUUAAAUCAUUCCUUUUAUUGUAUGCAGUGUUCAGCUUGUCGUUAUUCAUUUCUUUUUACUGGAAUUAAAGCUAUGCAGAAGCCUGAAGUAUGGCAAUAGUCA